UUUUUGACAAACCUCUCCUCUAUUUCCCCUCUCUCUCAGCUUUCACUCCCUGGUAUUAUCGCUCGCUCAGUAUUCCUCCUCCCUCAUCCUCCCUCUGUCACUGCUGGAGAGCUGCAGGCAGACAGAGGCAGCAGGCACUAAUGUUACUAUAUUUGACAAGGCGCAAAACACGCGCACAUUUUCGCCCGCACACACACACACACACACCCAGCGAGGAGAGGAGAGGAGAGGGAGGAGAGGGCAACCGACACUUUAAGGACACGCAGGAAAUCCGCACAAACGCACACACACACUCGGGCGCGUGCCGAGUGCCGGAAUCACAAAACACAGCGACACACUGGGAAAAGCGAAGCGCGUGACGCCAGCAACCUAAUGCCGUUGUCGCUCCUUCUCCCUCUCAGACACACAAACACACACACACACCUCUCAGAAGCACAGCAGCACAACCCAGCGAGCAGGACAGCACGAAACAUGUCAUUCAUAGAUGGCAAAGAUCAGAAGGAAAGGAUUAACUACCUCCAGCCCUCUCCAUCUAAGGAUCUCAUCCUCUCGCUCCUCUAAGCCCCUCUUCACCUCAUUUUUUCCCUCUAAAAUCCCUCUUUUUGAAAACAAUCCCUCUUAUUUUUUUUUUUCACAAUUCACUGGAGGUCUCAUCUCUUUACAGAAGGAAGGAUUAUUCCCGAUUAUUCAUUUGACCACAGUCUUCAGCGUAUGGAUGGACGGGUUUGCAGCGAUGUUUCCACAUUUUUGAUCCCCUGCUUGUCAGACGGCAUUUUUAGAUGAAUGGAUGAUGACAGAGAGCUCUAACGCGGGUGCUGCCUGAGAUAUUUGGUGAACAGGAGACACGCUGUGGUUUUCUUCUCAGUCACCGCUCCAGUGGAGGCUGCAGGCAUGGCAGCGUGACUCCAUCGCCUCGAACGGAGGAAGGCCGCAGAGCUCUGUGACAUGCCCCCUCACACCCACCACGCUGAGGGCUAUGGCCUGCCCGGAUCUGUCGUCCGCAUCCUCAGCCUCCUGGCUGCGCUGCUGUUGCCAGCCUCCUCGUGCCCACCUUCCUGCGUCUGCUCUUCAGAAAGCCUGGCGGUGGACUGCGGGGACCGCGGACUCUCCUCCCUCCCUCCACUCCACCUUUUGCCUCCAGGGAGCCGCUCCUUACUGCUGGUCAACAACAAACUCGCCUCGCUGGGAGCCUCAGCCUUCGCCAACCUCUCCUCCCUGGAGGAGUUGGACCUCUCCAAUAACUACCUGGAUAAUUUACCCGCUGGAUUAUUUAGAGACAUGUCCAACUUAACAAGACUGUCUCUACACAACAACUCAUUGACAGUCAUGGACAGAGAGCUCUUCCAGGGUUUAGGUGGUCUUCAAAGCCUGGACUUGUCAUUAAACGGUCUAUCCACAGUUCCAAUAGGCCUUCUGGACGAGCUGCAGAGCCUCAGGUGGCUCUCACUGGCAGGUAAUAGGCUUCAUGGUUUGGAGAGGGCAGCGUUUGAGCCGCUGGCCAACCUGCAGCACCUGGAACUGGGACACAACCCCUGGGAGUGCGACUGCAACCUCCGAGACUUCAAACACUGGAUGGAGUGGCUGCUGUAUCGAGGGGGCAAAGUGGACGCGGUGGAGUGCACGCUGCCCAAGGAUCUGCGCGGGAGAGACAUCCGGGGCGUCCCCGUGGAGAUGUUCAACUACUGCCUCCAGCUCGAAGAUGAGAACGGAGGCGGCGAGGGCGCCCGACCCAGACAAGGAGGCGGCCCCCCGUGCAGCAGGAGCGCUCUUAACCCGAGCGGGGCCACACCGGUCUCCGACAACGGUGGCGAGGACUCCUCCUCGAGCACCGGAGGAGGCGGGGAGGCCCCGGCGGAUUGCGUCCGUGCCCGCUACCGGCCCGUGAGCGUGCGCCGCGCCAUCGGCACGGUGGUGAUCGCCGGGGUGGUGUGCGGCAUCGUUUGCAUCAUGAUGGUCGCCGCCGCCGCUUACGGCUGCAUCUACGCUUCUCUAAUGGCCAAAUACCAGAGAGAGCUGAAGAAGAGACAGCCGCUAAUGGGAGAUGGAGAGGCGGAUGGGGAGGACAGGGAGGAGAAACAGAUCUCCUCUGUGGCCUAAAUUUAAAAAAACUGGGUUUUAGGGCAGGGGGCUUUAGCAUGUCGACGUGUGAAAGCAAUGAAAGUAUAAAGGGCUCAAAGGGAGAGGGAUGGAAAAGCUGGUUUUAAACUCAGUUAUAGUAUCUCUCCCUCUGACUCUCAAACUGACAUCUCUCUCCCAUUUUUUUGUCUUCCCUUUAUCCAUCCUCUAGUCUAUUUUUACCCUGCUCCUACUUCAUCCCA